AUAUUUAACCGCAACACUACCAAUCGAACACACUAACAAACCAACAUUAUUUAAAAAGUGCAAUUUUGAUUGGAUGCUGUUAAUCCAAUAGAAUACAAUAAUAAACAAAACAUCCACUCCAAUUCACACUAACAUUCCAAAAAUCGUAUCAUUCCCUUCUUCACACUUUGUCCCCCAAACCCCAUAACAAAACCCUCCUCCCUAAGCAACUCACUCAUUCCCUCACACACCCCUCUUCUCUCACCCUCUCUUCUCCCAAAAUCACAUCGAUCUACAAACAAUGAACGCCGAGGUGGAAGGCUGCGGUGUCGAACCACGGCACGAGCCAGAAAAUCUACCGUGCCCACGUUGCGACUCAACCAACACAAAAUUCUGUUACUACAAUAACUACAACUUAUCUCAACCUCGCUACUUUUGCAAGUCUUGCCGCCGCUUUUGGACUCGCGGUGGUACUCUCCGCAAUGUCCCUGUUGGCGGCGGCACUCGUAAGAAGUCCAAGCGUUCUCGCUCCUCCUCCUCGUCUUCCUCCUCAUUUCCACUCUCUUCCGCGCCCGCGGGUAUCAAAACGGCGGAAAUGAUUUCGCAGCUACGGAACAAUGAUGACUUGGAAUUGGACUUGAAUGAUGAAACGAGUUUCACUUCUUUACUCACUACCACUGCUACCACUACUAAUAAUAAUGCUAAUCAUGUAAAUGGUGGAAUGUUUACGGGAUUGCCCGGGUACGGGCUCGGGCUCGGGUUUGAUAUUGGGUCAUCUGGAUUUGCUGAUAUCGGUUUCGGGUUUGGAGGAUCCAUGAGUAUGAGGGAUGAGAAUCAUGUUAUGGGUCAGAAUGACGGUACCAACACGUGGCAGUUUGUUAAUGGAGAUGGAAUGGACGGUUCCGAUUGCUUUGGUUGGUCUGACCUGACAAUAUCAACGUCUGGUAAAGGUUUAGAGUGAAAGUUUUUUUUUACUGUGUCUUUUACCUUCCCUAGGAUGAUAAACUUUUUUACCCUCGAAAUGUGUUAUUUCAGUUUCCAAUUGGUAGUUUUAUUGGGGUGUUAUGAGCAUAAGAUAUCUUUGUAGAGGAUGUUCCCUAAACUUGGGUCAAUGUGUGUAUGGUUUAGUGUUUAGAGAGUGGAUAAUGCUUGUUUUUGUGGAUAAUAGUAUCCUAAUAUUUCUCAA